AUGGCGACCACCAUGCGCCUGUGCAAUGGCCUUUUUCUACGCACUUUGUAGAUGUGUCUUGUUGAUGGAAAUUUCCGUUCAUAAUAGUUUCUGAAUUAUAAGUCAUAUAUUCACUCGUUUCCGUCAUUGCCAAACGGAAUUAUAUAAUUGUUGUAGCAAAUAUCGAACUGUCAAGCACUGGACUUCUUUCCCUUGUGCUAUUUCUUUUUUUGAAGUUGAUCAACUUUUGAAGUUAUUAUUUUUCGUUGAUAUGGAGUUCCACGGUGGUGGGUCUGGUGGGGUCGUGGUCAGUGGCAGUAACGUACCUGCAUUUCUUACCAAACUUUGGACUCUUAUUGAGGAUCCGGACACCGAUCCUCUGAUCUGCUGGAGCCCAAAUGGAAACAGCUUCCAUGUGUUUGAUCAGGGCCAAUUCUCCAAGGACGUGCUUCCCAAGUAUUUCAAACACAAUAACAUGACCAGCUUUGUACGCCAACUCAAUAUGUACGGCUUCCGCAAAGUAGUCCACAUUGAGCAGGGCGGUCUGGUGAAGCCUGAGAAGGAUGACAUGGAAUUCCAGCAUCCCAACUUCAUCCGCGGACAGGAGCCUCUACUUGAAAAUAUAAAACGGAAAGUUACCAAUGUGUCCAAUGUUAAACAUGAAGACCUCAAGAUGAGCUCAGACGAUGUCUCAAAAAUCCUGACCAAUGUGCAGAACAUAAAAGGCAAGCAGGAGACCAUAGACUCCCAAAUCAUCGCCAUGAAGCAUGAGAAUGAAACUCUUUGGAGGGAGGUGGCCAGCCUCCGACAGAAACACGUCCAGCAACAGAAAGUCGUCAACAAGCUCAUCCAGUUCCUAGUGACCCUGGUGCAGUCCAACAGAGUCCUGGGGAUGAAGAGAAAGAUUCCCCUGAUGCUGAACGACAGCAGCUCCGCCCACUCCAUGCCCAAGUACAGCAGGCAGUACUCUCUGGAACACCUUCAGGCCUCGUCCUCUAUCUCUCCCUCGGGCUCCCCAUUCACCAGUACAGGUCUCUUCACGGCGGAGUCGUCACUUAACAACGGCCCCAUUAUCUCUGAUGUCACUGACCUGGCUCAGGCCAGCCAUGUGGAGGUCACCAAUGAGUGGAUGGAGGAAAGCGCGAGCCCAUUGGUCCACAUAAAGGAGGAGCCGUCCAGUCACAUGUUGGAGGAGGUGUGUCCUGCUGAGGUUGUGAUCGGGGGGGCAGGGGUCCAGGUUGACACGCCUCUGUCCCCCAUCAACUUCAUCAACUCCAUCCUGCAGGAGAGCAACGAGCCUAAUGCGGCCCCUGCCCCCACGACCCCUACUGAGCAGAAGUGUCUCAGCCUCGCCUGUCUAGACAAUUCUACACAGAAGUCAGAGGUCUCCCGCCUCUUCCCCUGCCCCUCCUCGUCUCUACACCUCAGACCUAUCCCAGGGAGUGAGCUCAGUGACCAUUUGGACAGCAUCGACAAUGGCCUGGAAAACCUCCAGACUAUCCUGAAUGCACAGUCCAUCAAUUUUGAGUCCUCACCCUUCUUUGAAUUCUUCAGUUCUUCCCUGCCUGGCUCUGAAUUCGACCUGGAGAGCCUUGACAGUAUCCAGGACUUGCUUUCAUCGGAUCCACCUAAAGGGGCUGAGAGAAGUGACAACUACACCGCAGGGAAGCAGCUUGUCCAGUACACCACCCAGCCAAUGCUACUGACUGACCCAUUGACCAAUGAGAACGGGGGGGCGGACCUCCCCACUCUGCUGGAGGGGGACUUGUAUUUCAGCCAGGACCCUGAAGAGGAACCUACCAUCUUACUCACCUCUGACAUAGCAGCACCAGACAAGCCCAAAUUAUCCUGAAGAAACUUUUUAUAAAGGGAUGUACUAGUAUGUUUAAUUUUAUUUUGUCGUGUUCAUGUGCAGAUAAUGAGAAAUCAACCCGGUUGAAUCCAAAUGAUGGUUUUUCACUAUUCUCUGAGCUAUUGAGCUUAAUUCAUUUCAAGGCUUAAACUUCCUAGUGAAAGAAUUUUGCUUUAGAUUAAUCGAAACAGAAGUUCGAUUUAAAUUACUGCAAUGGUUUGUUCAGCUCUUGGAAAUGACUUCCAGGGUUGAAUUAUCUGUGGUCUUAUUGGCGGGCCUUAAAUAAAACUCCCUAAAAGCUUAAUCAUUACCAGGUCAAGUUUUAAGCAUUGAUCACCAAGUUCCUUUAAUGAAUAAAAGUGGACGUAUUCAGAAUAAUUGUAACACAGGGCAUCGAUCCAGUACAUUACUGUUUCUGGGGGAAAAACACUUCAUCUUUUUGUUUCAAUUUUUUUCUGGAGAGGUGGGGGGUUAUUUUCUUUUACCUAUUGAUAUAAUGGUAGUACCUUUAUAAUUUUAAGUGUUUCUAAAUAUUUGUACUGCACCAUUAUCUUGAUUUAUUCACAUUAGAUGCAGAAAGUGUUUUUUCUUUGACAUGUUUUCAUUGCAGAAUUCAUAAUGGAAUGCUGUUGGUAUUUCAGCACCUUUAAAGUUAUUGAAGUUUUUAAUGAUAGAUUCCUUUAGUUGCUACAUCUAAGCAUUCUAGAAGAAUAUAACUUAAAUGCCUCAUGAGCUUUAGUUCAACUGUCGUUCCCCAUCAGAACCCAAAAUUUAAAUCUUGUUUUGUUUGUAAACAAUGUAUACUGAACCAAAAUAUAAAUGCAACCGUUUCAAAUGUUUUAUUGGUUACAGUUCAUAUAAGGGAGCCACUCAAUUGGAAUUAAUUAGGCCUUUAAUCUAAGGAUUUCACAUGACUGGGCCGGGGUGUAGCCAUGAAUGGGCCUUGGAGGGUGUAGAGGCCCACCAGAAUAAGUUUUUCCCCCAAAAAGUGCUUUAUUAGACAGAAAUACUCCUGUUUCAUCGGCUGUCUGGGGGACUGGUCUCAGACAAGAAGCCAGACGUGGAGGUCCUGGGCUAGCCUGGUUACACGUGGUCUGCUUUAGUGAGGCCAAAUUCUCUAAAAUUACUUUGGAGGUGGCUUAUGGUACAAAAAUUAACAUUCAAUUCUCUGGCAACAGCUCUGGUGGACAUUCCUGCACUCAGCAUGCCAAUUGCAGACUCUCUUAAAACUUGAUACACUUGUGGCAUUGUGUUGUGACAAAACUGCCCAUGUUAAAGUGGCAUUUUAUCACCAGCACAAGUUGGACGUGUAUAAUGUUCAUGCUGUUUAAGCAGCUUCUUGAUUCAACACCUGUCAGGUGGAUGGAAUAUCUUGGCAAUGGAGAAAUACAGGGAUGUUAACAAAUUUGUGCAGAAAAUGAGAUAAAUAAGCUUUUAAGCCUGUAUGGAACAUUUCUGGGAAAUUUCAUCUCAUGCAACAUGGGACCAACUCUUUACAUAUUGUGUUUAUAUUGUUGUUCAGUGUAACUGUAAACAAACACUAUAUAGCCUGGGUUGUGUUUCGGGGGAUGCAUGGCUCUCGACCUUCGACUCCCGAGUCCGUACCAUCACAGCAAUGAGACUGUAAUUACCAAUUGGAUACCACGAAAUUGGGGGGAAUAACUUAAUUGGGAUCUCUAAUUGGGGUCCUUGCAUCUUCAGCUCUAUGAAGUUGAGAGGUUACAUUUCUCUAGCCUAUACCUCAGCUUUUUUUUUGCGUUUGAACCCUCUUUUAGUGGAUAACCCUUUUGUUCACAGCAAGUAUUCAUGUCUUGAAAUCAAAUCCUUUGAAUUAAGACUGGCCUUUUAUGCAAUUGUACAGACUGCUUUUAGGACGCUUUCUGUCUAUGACAAGAGACGGACAUAAUAUCCCCGAGUUAAUUAUUUGUGAGCCAGCACAUCCCAUUAUGAGUUGCUUUUUGGAAAAUAGUUUAACUUAAAGCAGGAUUACAUGUUUAUCCUCCCUCAAUGUCUACUCAGUCCUAUGGUUCUCAUUUGGAAGCCUGUUUCCUUCAAGCUUUUUUUUUUUGUCAAAUCCUUUUCUAGGAAAACAAUUGAAUAUUGGUUCAAGUGUGAGGAACUUUGAAAUGUUACUUUUACUGCCCCCGGAGGUAAUUUUGAGUUUGUUCAAACUAGUUUUUUUUUUUUUGAUUAAUUGCCAUUGAGACGGAGAAGGGGGAAUUAUUGGAGUGUAUUGAUGUGCGGAAUUUUGAGUUUAGAACUUUUACCAAUUUUACCGUAACACAAUGUCACAGCCGGAGAAUCCCAAAUUACGCAUGAGAACAAUAUUUUGUAUAUGGUAUGUUUCAAAUAAAAUACAUGAAUUGUA